GAGAGAGAGAGAAAGAGAACGGAAGGGGUGAAGGAGGAGUAUAGCGAGGAAGACUGGCCCCGGGACAUUUGCAAAUCCUAGGGUGCCACUGAAAGGUGGGGAGUCAGACAAAGCCAGAGCGACAGAAAAGCGGAUCUACUCCCAGCAGCAACAACAGGAGCUGUCUGGAGCUGGAUAUAUACAUAGAUGCGUACGUACGUGCACACACAGGAGGAAUUCAAGCUGAAGCUAAUGGGAGGGAGAAAGGGUUUGGGCUGUGCAAAAAGCUAUGCGUUUCAGGCAUGAGACUAAAAACUGAAAGAAGAGGCUGUGCUCCCGGGAAUGUGUCAUCUUGGAAGGGAGGGAGGCAGGAAGGAAGGAAGAAAAGGGGGAAGAUAACUGGCAUGUGGAAGACGAUGGGAUUCUAACUCACUGCUGUGCAGAAGGGAAAUCCAACUUGUAGAUCUGAAAUACACCAGGCAGAGAUUGCAAAUGCGAUCGGAGCUGCGUUGAAGCAGAGAAAGAGAAGAAAAGGGAGGCAGAGGCUGGAGAGCUUUUAUCCUUCUCCCUCUCUCUCCUCAAAGAAGAAAUAGAAGUUUAUCCGUCUUGGUGCUGCUGGAUCUUUAUAGCUGCUGGACAAAAGAUGGAGAGGAAGCUGAAAUGAAAAGCAAAGGGAAACCAGUGCUUGCGAAACUCACGGCUAAGAAGACAAAUCACGCCUCCCCAGGCUUCUUUUGUGCCCCAUCGGGGGAGUUUUAACAUCAGAAAGAUUUUGAGAAGUGUGGGGAGCAAAGGGGAGAGUGGGCGUUAAAAACACCCAUCCUGAGUGUUUAAAAAAUAACGAGGGGAUGGAUUUAUUCUUGACAGCUGGUGGGAACCUUGAAUUUUUCUCUACUCCCUCCCUCCUUCCUUCCAUUUAAUGUGAGAUUAUGAAAAUGCAGAGGAGUUGGAGGGAAGGCAAAAGGAUAUAAUGUGGAGUUUGAAGCGAGGAAGAGAGUGCUGAUGCUGUGGAUUGCUGGCUUCUUGCUGAAAUCAAAAAUCCAAUUGCGCACUGGGUUGUGAUUGGAAAUCUAAUCAGAUCUUUGGGGAGAAGGGAGAGACACUAAAAGUUAUCGUAUUGACAUAUAGAAAUAAAAAUUUAAAUGCAAACGGAGAUUCUAUCCUGAAGGAGUGUGGGGGAUAGGGAAAGAGAAGAAUGGGAAUCCCCAUUCUAAUGUGGAGACACACGGAUUGGAUAAUUGAUAGUGCAGCAAAGAAGGGGGAAGAAGAAAAUUGCCUGGCAAGACCUGGAUCUUAACAGUCACAACAAAAUUGCAUUAAAAGAAUACAGAUGGAGGGCUGCUUAAACAGAAAUACAGCUCUUUCUGCUCUCCAGAGAAAAAACAAAUAGUGAGCAAUGGAGAGCAGAGAAGCUAGAGUGGCAGAAAACCUCAGAAAAAGGGAAGUAGGCAAAGGAUCCACUGUGGAAUGAAAAGUUUCAGAAAGGAGAAAGACCAUUCAUCCUCUGCAAUAAUUUUUCUUUUUUUUUCUUGGUGUUUUAAACCCCUCUUCUCCAGUGAAGCAAACAUCAUUGUUACCACUACAGCAAUUUUAAGCAGAAAAGUUGAACACAACAGAGAAAAUAAAGGACAGAGAAGAAAAAAGCAAAAUUGCUGGAGGGAGAGAGUUCAGCAGUGUUGGGUUGGAUUGGUACCUGUAUGGACUGAAAUUGCUUGGGAAUUGCAGUUGGAUAUCUUUUAUUCUUGUUUCCUUCCUUGUUUUUAAUUUUGGUUUGGUUGCUGAAAUGAAAUAGUUUUCAUAACCCAUCCCCCACCCUGUUUUUUCAUAACCACUCGGAUUUCCAGCUGGAUAGUCUUUGAGGAUAUAGGUGAAUGCUGUGAGGUGGUCAAGUCAACUCUGUGGAACAUUCUCCAAUGGGCUAGUAGGAUGAGAAGAUCCAAGAGUAGUUUGGGAAACAAGGAGAAACAUCACCUCUCAUGACGGUAAACCUACCGAAAAGAGUCUCUGGAGGGCAAGAUGCAAAAUGCAACUCUCAAAACCUGUAGGCAUGUGGAAGCCCCAAACUGGGAAUCUCUUGUCACUGAAGUAAGAGGAAAAGAGAUUGCCAUCUCAGACUUCUUUCUAUUCACUAGGAGGUUUUUCACCACCCAAAAUGUAUUAUAUGACUAAUAUUUCUGGUCUCUUGCUUCUGGCAUCAUUUCCUAAGCCAUUUAAGUUACUGCAUCUGCAUCAAAACACCAGCAGUUCAUAUGGCAUCAUUAUAUAUUGGUUGAAAAAUACUGAGUGAAGCAUUAGGAAUAUGGGAAUUAUCUUGGCUCACAGACUAUUCAAACUCCAGAAGGACCAACACUAUAUAAAUUAUGAAUGUUGAACAAGAUGACCUUACAUCCACAGCAGAUAAUGAUAGGUCCUAGGUUUAACAGGGCCCUAUUUGACCCCCUGCUUGUGGUGCUGCUGGCUCUUCAGCUUCUUGUGGUAGCUGGUCUAGUGAGGGCUCAAACUUGCCCUUCAGUCUGCUCCUGCAGCAACCAAUUCAGUAAAGUGAUUUGUGUACGGAAAAAUCUGAGAGACGUGCCAGACGGCAUCUCCACCAACACCCGAUUACUCAACCUCCAUGAGAACCAGAUCCAAAUCAUUAAAGUGAAUAGCUUCAAGCAUCUGAGGCACUUAGAAAUCCUGCAACUCAGCAGGAAUCACAUCAGAACAAUUGAAAUAGGGGCCUUCAAUGGUCUGGCCAAUCUUAAUACUUUGGAACUCUUUGACAAUCGUCUGACCACUAUCCCAAAUGGGGCUUUUGUAUACUUGUCAAAACUGAAGGAACUUUGGUUGAGAAACAACCCCAUUGAGAGCAUACCUUCUUAUGCUUUUAACAGAAUCCCUUCUCUCCGGAGAUUGGAUUUGGGGGAAUUGAAAAGGCUUUCAUACAUCUCAGAAGGUGCCUUUGAAGGUCUGUCCAACUUGAGAUAUUUGAACCUUGCCAUGUGCAAUCUGCGAGAAAUUCCUAACCUCACCCCACUUGUAAAACUGGAUGAGUUAGACCUUUCUGGAAAUCACUUGACUGCCAUCCGGCCAGGUUCCUUCCAAGGGUUAAUGCAUCUUCAGAAAUUGUGGAUGAUACAGUCCCAGAUUCAAGUGAUAGAAAGGAACGCUUUUGAUAACCUUCAAUCACUUGUGGAGAUCAAUCUGGCACACAACAAUCUAACACUACUGCCUCAUGACCUGUUCACACCACUCCGUCUAGAAAGGAUCCACUUGCAUCACAAUCCUUGGAACUGCAACUGUGAUAUCCUUUGGCUCAGCUGGUGGAUUAAAGACAAGGCACCCUCUAAUACUGCAUGCUGUGCCCGUUGCCACACACCUCCCAGUUUGAAAGGAAGGUACAUUGGUGAGCUGGACCUGAACUACUUCACAUGUUAUGCUCCAGUCAUAGUGGAGCCACCAGCAGACCUCAACGUCACUGAAGGCAUGGCUGCAGAGAUGAAAUGCCGGGCAUCAACCUCCCUGACCUCUGUAUCUUGGAUUACUCCAAAUGGAUCUGUUAUGACACAUGGGGCAUACAGAGUUCGGAUUGCUGUGCUCAGUGAUGGCACAUUAAAUUUUACGAAGGUAACUGUGCAAGACACGGGUUUGUAUACAUGCAUGGUGAGUAACUCUGUUGGCAAUACCACAGCUUCUGCCACACUGAAUGUGACUGCCCUGGAUAACCCCGGCUAUACAUAUUUUUCGACUGUCACAGUAGAGACUGUGGAACCUUCUCAGGACGAGGCACAGACCACAGAACAGGUUGGACCCACACCAGUUACCAGCUGGGAGACCACUAACAUGACAACCUCACUCACUCCACAGAGCACAAGAUCAACAGAAAAAACAUUCACCAUUCCUGUGACGGACGCAAACAACGGUAUCCCAGGAAUAGAUGAGGUUAUGAAGACUACCAAAAUCAUAAUUGGUUGUUUUGUGGCUAUCACUCUCAUGGCUGCUGUGAUGCUGGUAAUUUUCUACAAAAUGAGGAAACAGCAUCACCGGCAAAACCAUCAUGCUCCAACACGGACUGUAGAAAUCAUAAACGUGGAUGAUGAGCUUACAGGUGACACACCCAUAGAGAGUCACUUGCCCAUGCCAGCAAUAGAGCAUGAGCACCUAAAUCACUAUAACUCUUAUAAGUCUCCUUUCAACCACACAACAACAGUUAACACAAUAAAUUCAAUACACAGUUCAGUGCAUGAACCGUUAUUGAUCCGAAUGAACUCAAAAGACAAUGUACAAGAGACUCAAAUCUAAAACGUUUAUGACAUUAUGGGGUGGGGGUGGGAAAAACAAAAUAUGGUUUAUAAAACAAAUGACACAAAUGACUGGGCUAAAUCUACUGUUUCAAAAAGUGUCUUUACAAAGAAAAAGAAAUUUAUUUAUUAAAAAUUCUAUUGUGAUCUAAAGCAGACAAAAUUAUGUGUAUUCCUCAGAACCUCUUUUUGCUGCACUUAUUUACCCUCCUCCUUCCCUUUUUAAUUCCCAGCCAACCCUCGUUCCCGUUUGCCAUAUUUUUCAUAGGAGAUCUUCAUUCCGUAAAAGAACUGGCCUAGGAAAUUUUGUAAGAAUUCUGUUACACUUUGGGAAUUUUUAUGGUGAAUUCUAGUGGUGAGAUUCAGUCUAUUUUGUCACUUCUUUUUCUCUUCUUUUGUUUUCUCAUGCCCUUUAUGAAAUUAUUCAACAGGGAAUGGAAUAUUAGCAGCAACUUUACAAGUGAGCAAACAUACAAGCAAAACUUUUUUUUCCUCCAUGUAAUGAUUUGAUUAUUUGCUCUGUAUUUACCAAAAGGAGCAUUCUGUGAAAAAAAAAAAAAAAAAAAAGGAUGAAAAAGUAAAAAAAAAAUAAAAUGAAAUUAAUUUACUUGUGAAAACCUAUAAAACCCAUGAUCUUUUAAGCAAUUCUAGAACCAGAAUUUGUAGUUCAAACACUAAACUAAGAUUAUAAAUAAAAUAUUGGUUUUUUUUCUGUACUUGGAUAUAGUUCAUUUUUAGUGUGGCUUUAAAGAUCAAAAGCUUGUUAAAAUUCUUACAAUAUUCUGCUUUGAUGGUCCAAAAAAUAAUUGCUUUAAAAAGAAUAAUUAAAGUACUUUGGAUCAUUUCUGAAGAAUAGUAUAGUUUUCAUUGUAGUGUACAUAAGCAGCACACUAGUAAACAAGGUUGCUUGACUUUUAAUGCAAAAUUAUUAUGAUUUUCUUUUAAUGGUGUUAUCAGUUAUCUUUUAUAUCACAAUAUAUAUUCCACAAUAUCAGGAAAAGUUAUACAAAAGGUUUCAGAUAUCACUGAAUUUAUUAGACAAAGGUGAAAACUAUAUUCUUUUUUUGUUGGUGUUUUUUUGUUUGUUCAUUUGUUUUGCUAUCUAUAGCUGUCAGUCAAUAAGAAAAUUCAUUUUUGUAUCAAAGCUAGUGGUUCCCUGUUUAGUUGUUGUGGUAUUUCUAGACAUAAAUAUGAAAUAUGUUUAGAUAUCUAUAAGAUCCAUAAUCAGAGCUGUAUCUCCAUAUAUAAAAUUAAAUCAAAAUUAUUUUGAAGUUCUAACUAUGAGGAAAUCCAAGAAUUUUGAUUAAAAACAAACAAAAAAAUCAGAAAGAACAAACUUGGCCAAAUCAGAAGAGAAUAGGUUAAUGUCAUUUGUAUGACAAUUAGAUUGCCUAUAACAUAAUCAGCCUAUUUUAAUUAAAACUCAGUCUCGCUUACCAAUAGGAAGUAUACAUCCUUUUUGUUUCUGUUUAUAUACAUUCUCUUGUUUUAGCUUAUUGUUGUAAGAAUGGAGUAUACCUUGUAUGUUGAAAGCUAAAAGUAAGUUUUUGCAUAAGAAAAAAAGCAGAUUCAGGACACAGUAUUCUUUCAAAUGCAGAAGUUCUUCCAAACUGAACUACUUUAUGUAUUGGCAACUAAGUAGAAGCGUUUUAAGACAAUUUAGAUUAAGAAGAAGAAUCAUGUUUUAAAUACCAGUUCUAAAUGUCUUUUCACUGAUUUCUGCAUUUAGCUACUAUUGAGAUUCAGGAUCUUGUUCCAGGUGAAUAAUGUACUUAAUUCGUAUCAAAAUCUCUUUGGACUGUUCUGGUAUGCUAUGGCAUGCAGGAAAAAGAUCCUCCUGAAUAGUAUACUUCUAUUGUCUAAAAUUAAGGAGGAAUAUCUGCCAGGCAGGUUGAGGGGGUAAAUAUCUCUCAUUGGAUGCGCACUUCUCAAGGUUGCAAGUGGAUGUUGCAAGAAAGCCUGAUUUAAAAAGGACACUGAAGAUAUGUGACAAUGAAUCACACUCUGCAAGGAGUCUGAUAAGUAUAAUACAGAAUGAAACCCAAAGUUCUAUAAUAAUCUCAAAGAAACAUUUGGCAAGACAUUAUCCUUUGAUGUACUACAUGAAAAAUAAUAUCUACUCUUAGUGAAUUUUAAUAGAGGACAAAGAUGGACCUGAAUGUAAAAUGCUCAAGUAGUGAUUCCUCUCUUUGCCUACUUCUUCAAAGUGCAUUACAGAAUUUUAUUGCUGAUUUCUUUUAAGCAUUGUGAUAAAUUUUGUACAGAAACCGUGCAAAUACAUAGCUAUUUGUACUUUGCUCAUCCUUAUGGUUACCAAUAUUAUGUCCAUCGCCAAUGUUCAUCUGACAAUUGAAAAAAUUGUUUGCAGGAAUCCUAAAUCUGUAAUCAACAGGUUCAUGUUAAAAAAAGAUGGCUACUAUUUAACAGCCAUUUUCUAAAGUACUUAUGGUUUUGUAAACAUGUAGCUUUUACUAACUCAUAAAGAUUAGGUUUUCGAGGUUAUUGCAAAGCAGGACACAGUGUCAGUGACAGUAAUGCAGAAAAGUAAUGCAAAAUAACAUCAGUGACUAUUUUAAACAAUAUACACAUUCUUAUUAAGUAUUAAUCAGGUUAGAUUUGCUAAGUGAAUAAUAUUGAAAGCAAACAAUCAAAAAAAGCAAUGUUUUCCCAUUUGCUUAUUAUAGGGAUAAAGAAAAGGCAUUUUAGUGUGUUUGCUCGGGAUAAGAUACAUAUUAAGCAGGAACCAUAUUAGUUAUGACCUUCUCAACAUCUUCCCUAUCUUUCUUGGAAUUAUAGAGAUUAUUUUUGCAGAUUAUUUAAAUAUCAGAGUUAGAGAACGUCACAGCUUAAACUUUAAACUGAGUUCUGCAAUAAUGUGAAAAAAGUGCUGUGCACUCUCUUGUUUUGGUUUUUAAAUCAAGCUAAUGGAGCCGGCUGCUACUCCAAAGGCUACGGUGUUAAAUAUGAAGCCUGAGUCUCCUGUAUGGCAGAGGACAAUUGCUAGUAAGCUCUAAUGAACUAUCUCUUGCAGGUGAUGUUCUGGAUGAACCCACAGUGCAAAAGAGUUGUGGGAAAAAAAAGUGACCUUAGAAACUAUUACAAUUUUUAGUGGGCUCAUGGGAAGUUAUUUUUCAGAUCAUAUGAUGAGAUUUGAAGAUGUUUGCUGUUGUCCUAUAUGAAUACAAAGAACAAAGCAUUUUCUGGACAUGUCAUUAAGUUUUACAAAUCUUUUCUUAUACAGAAACAACAUGAAAAGCAAAACAAGUGAGUUCCAUUCAAUUCACUAUACAAGAUAGAUGUUUUAUUUUACUUUUUAGAGGGCUAAAUGUAUGAAAAGUAAAUGUUUUGGGUUUGUUUGUUUGUUUGUUUGUUUGUUUGUUUUUGCUAAAAUAUUCUAAUGGAUUAAAAAUUAUAUGCAAUAUUUUCAAGAUUCCCUUUUCCCACUGGUGGUAUUAUAGGUUAAUCACAGCAUCUUAGAAAAGAUAACCCAUUUAAUAUUUAAAUGUACUAGCUUCAUAGUCUUUUAGAAGUAUUUAAUAACAGCUUUUAUAUGUUAGAUGUGACCAUUCCUGUAGCCAUUCAGUAAUGAGUGGAAAAUCUUUCCAAUCUAAUCUCCCCAUCUUCCCAUUUUUUAUAUGCAUCAUAGAAUCAUAGAAUGGCCUGGGUUGUAAAGGACCACAGCGAUCAUCUAGUUUCAACCCCCCGGCUAUAUUCAGGGUCGCCAACCACUAGACCAGACUGCCCAGAGCCACAUCCAGCCUGGAUGAGCUAAGUACAGCAUAUUUUGAAAUUUUCAGUUUUUUUUUUUUUUUUUUCCUAAAUCCAGGCACUGAAGGACUAGGAAAUCUUAGGAGCUACCUUGUAAUUUCAUAUUAAAAAAAAGUAAACAAGUAACAUAUUCUUAUCUUCAGGAUGUAAUACGGAGAGUUCGACUUCAGUAUUUGAGUUUCUGUUUUUCUUGCUAUAACUAUUUCAUAUAUCUUUUUCUCAUUCGUGCAGAUGCCCAAGAAAUCUUCAGCUCAAACUUGUGCAUGAAAUUCAGUCUACAGUUGGGAUGACUAUAGUGGUUGACAUUUUAUUUUGGAGGUGGUAUUAUCUACUGACACUGUAGUAGAAUAGCAUCCACAGCUACCACUACUGAAAUAUGGUAGUGCUAGCAGAGAGUUCAUGAGAAGGGAAUGGACAUGAGGAGACUCUGGAAAACUUUUCUGGUAAAUCUUCAAUGUCUGCUGGCAUUGCAUACUCCUUCUGUGGUGGUGUCCCCUGGAAAUACUGUGGCUGUGUGUACUUUGGGGCUGAAAGAGCACGAUAUGGUAGAAAAGCUGUGAGAUGGGAACAACUUCCUUGACUACUUCCCACCUAAGAGCACGGUAUAACAACUCAGCUUCUGACACGCAGUGCAUGGCUAGAAAUGAGGGAAUUAUUUUUCUUGCUUAUUGGAUUUAAGGCUUAGUGUGCAUUAAACAACUUCAAAAAUUAAAGAAUUAAAAAAAAAAUAAAGAAAAAAAAAAGGCCACAGGCCUACAGUGUAAAUUUUACACAAAGAAAGUCAUACUUCAACAGAAUGCUGAACUUGCUUGAAGAACUUUGGGUAAGUCUUUGCAGUAUUAAGAACUCUUAGGAACAAAUGAGGUCUGUACCGGAGUAGUUACAUGGUAUUUGCUUCAGAAAGAAUAACUCAUGAUUUGCAUAGGGGAGUUUUAUUGGACAAAACACUGUGUUUAAUUUGUCUUGGUUUUAGUUUUGUCUUUUAUACUUUAUAAACUUAUAACUAGGAUGUUAUUCAGAGUAAUCUCAAAGGGGCUAAAUCGGUGAACUUGAACUGACUUUUAUAACAGAUAAGUCUUUUCUAUACUGUAAUUCUAAUGAUGUUCUCAAUUUUGGAAUGAUGAAGGGAUAUUGCAGUGAUGACAUCAUCAGAUAAUGAUUAUGUGGCUAUCCUUUGUAAAAGAAAAAGGAAAAUAAUGUCUAUAAUUUUUGAGAACAUUGAAAACCCAAUCUUAUGCAAAAGGAGAAAAUAGUUCAAAAAAGAAAAAGAAAUUGGAACAUUCUUGAAAAUAACAGUAAAUGUAACGAUUCCUAGAAGUCACAUAAUCUAGGUAAUCUUUACAUCCUUCCCAAUAGCACAAUAAGAAAACAAAAACUGGAGUGACUUUUCUAUAUAUUGUUAAAAAUGUUAAAGAUUUCUAGCUGCCAUAUCCACAUAUUUCCAUUUUCAUUUAAAUAUUGCAGUAAAUGUAUGAUGUAGUGUGGUCUUUCAGCUCUGGAACAGUUUCACAGACAGUCCAUCCACACUCCAUCCAUUGCAGGUUGAUGUUUAACAUUCUCUUGGGCUUUCUUCAGGUCUUGAAAUGGUUUGUGCAGUGAAAGAUUCCUCAGUUUCUUUGAUCAUCUAAUUCAGUAGCAAUAUAUGCUUUGUCUAUCAGUUUGGAGAAGAUGGUUUCAUAUGGAUUAUAUUUUCAUCACAUUUAAUAUAUAAAUGCAAAUUUUAUUUUAUUUUGGUAGACAAUGUUGAAUCCUGUUAACUUAAAAAAUAUUUCUGUUCCUUUCACAGAAGCUGUUAAACUCAAUGAAAUUACAAAUAAUAAUAACAAUAAUAAUAAAAUUAAAGAUAAGCUAUACCUGUGACCUAUGGGUCUAGAUGUAUGUAGUAUUUAAAAAGUGAUUCUACAGGUGAGAUAAAAGGAACAGAAGAAAUGCAUAACAGAGAAUGCAUAAAUAAAGAAUGACGGAAAAAGUUACCUGGCAGAGAAUCUGGUAAAAUGGAACUGGAGUUAGUAGAUCACAGAGUUAAUCCAACUCCGAUGCAUAAUUUAAUUCUGUAAUGCAUAAUUCAAUUUGAUUUAAUUUCCUCAUUUAAUUUCUCAAAAGGACAAAUACUUGACUGAUCUGAGUCAGUGAAAAUCUAAGCUCUUUCUUUGACAGUACCCAUUGUCUUCCCUUUCCCUGUACUUGGUUUGCCAUUCACGUGACACUGUUCAACUGUUUUCUGAAACAGUUUUCAUAAGGCACUCACCUCUCCACCCUGUCUUCAAAUUGAAUUCCAGUAGUCAAUGGGACAGACAACAGGUCAGUGUUGUAACACUAAGUAGAGCCUCUGGAGAUCUGGUUACUAAGUGUUUAAAUAAUCUUACUCCUAAAGAGCUAACUCCUGUUUUAUACUGCAAAGUAGGUUCAUAAAUCAUUUAUGUGUUUUUGAAUCUUGUAUAUGAUUGUUAUCACCUGUCCAUGUUAAUUAACUAUCCAUCUUUGAGAUUGAAAUAUUGUGUACUAUUAAUUAAAUAGUGUGUAGAAGCUAGUACAAAAAAAAAAAAAAAAUUGAAUUUUUUUGUUCUUUUCCCCUCUUGGAACAUAGCUUUCUUUGUGAUGAAGUAUUUGAUCAAAUUCUGAAGAGCUGGAGAAAGAAUAGCAAUAUAUAUUUGAAUACCUAGGCUAUGAAAUUAUUGCAAAUUGUACAGAACUACACUUAAAAAAAAAUAAAUAUAAUAAAUAACAAUGUUUUUUUAAUUCCUAAAAAGCAAAUGCCUAAAGAAACAGUGUUUCCUGCAGUGUUUCCCUUUUAUUUUUAGGUAGUUUAUUUUAUAUUUUUGCUCAAAGUUGCUUCUUCUUUCUUCUACAAACAAAUAUAAUUUAAGAAAAUGAAAAGGGAAGAUGAAAAGAUGAUUCUACAGUGAAAUUUGUGAAUGUGCAAGUUUUAUAUGUGCUUACCAUUCUCUUAAUUUCAUUCUACAUUGCUGUCAAAAAAGGUUAGGAAGACUAAUUUUGACCUGCUUACAAUUUUUUUUUCUCAUUAUUUUCCAGUUUUUUAAUAUGAUUUUUCUCCAUUACUGAUCAAAUUUAUUUUCUUUGGAUUUUAUUAUGUUAUGGAUUAGAAGCCUUUUUCCUUGCCUCUUCCUACAAUCUCAGCCUUUCAUUUUUCAGUCAACAUAUUUUCUCAAAAUAGGAGUUCUUUUUUGUUACAUAUUUUUUUUCAGUGAUGCAUUGUAGUAGGAUCUAAGUUGAGUUGUUCUGCUAUACACGUCUUCCCUGACUUCCUGGCAGGGCUCAAGUUUAGUUUCUGCUAUCAGUCUGUAUUCUUGCAUCAUUAUUUAGUUGUAUGAUACUUUGUGUCUUAUUGAGAGUCAGUCCCUAAAGCAUACCACCACACAGUGUUGCUGUUUAAUGGAAGGGUGGAGGAGUACAAACUGUCCAGCAUGUGCUUCAAGGUCUGAGAGGAAAACCCUGUAAACUCAAAAGCUUCCAGGUUUAUGUGGUGAUUGGGGUUUGGCCUCAGAAAAACACCAGAACAGCCUGAUUGGUGUGAGGAAUCCAUCUCUUGUGUAUAACAGAGCAUGGGAAGAUGCUUUCUCUGAAAAGAGCACUCUUUCUCCUCUAAAGAUUGUCAGACAUCCACAAUGACAAGGAAAUGCUUGUUUGUACUAAGCUAUUUUCUUAAAAUUUCUGAACUCUACUGAUGAUUUAGAUUUCUGCAAUCAUAUUUCAUGCAUUGUUGAUGGAGGAUGCUACAAGGCUGGCAUUUAUUCAACACCACUGAUGUGUCAGAGCAACCUGUUUUUAAAAGCAGUUUCCUUCUGCUGACCACAGUUAACUAUGGGUCUUUUAUAAAAUAACUGUACUUAACUGAUAGCAUGUUUAUGAAAACACAAUACUAUAAACAAUGCCAAAAUUUUGUGGUUAUGCAUCUGCACAUCAUGGCAUCUAAUCUACUCAUAGUGGUUCUUUUGUUUAUUUUAAAUUUAAACUUGUAACCUGACAUGCUGCUAUAAUAGUUUGGUAGAGAGAGUUAUUUUCUUCUUUUAAAUAGUUAUUUAUGUCCUAAGAGAAUUGCUGGGCAGAAGAGAAUUGUAUUCUUCACAUUGCUUCACUGUGACAGCGUUGCGGCUUUGACUUUAAGGAUGUAGCAGAAGUGGAUGAGAGGCAUUCACUUUCUGUAUCUGCUCCUAUGCAAUCAGUCUUCUGUGACAACUGCAGUUCUCUUUAAAAACAUUUACUACAAGGUACGAACUCUAUUGGACACACUGCAAAUAGAACACAGCGUAUAUAUUAUGGAGUAAUAAAUAUAUUAUCUCUUCCUCCUGAGGUUGGUGUUGGGUUAGCAUUAUAAAUCUUAAUUCAAGUUUCUGUCAAUUUCUCUACAAACAGUGAAGCUGUAAAAUGAUAGCUAAGAUCCUCUCUUAGGAGGGUAAGUUAUGCACAAGUAAAUUAGUCAUCAUUGUACCUGUUGUUUAGAUAUAAAUUGCUCUCUGCCCAUCCUUUACAGUAAAUUCUAGGAGUCAUGUUUCAUUACAUUGUUACUUGGUAAGAUUAAUUCUCUUUAUUCCAUUUCUUUUCUCAGGGGUUAUCCAAGGAAUGGCAGAAGUAAUGUCAAGAAGAAAGAAGUUGGUGGUUUUGCUCCAAGGUCAUAUAUGAAUCAAAUAAUAUUUGUGUAAAGAACCCAUGAAAAAAAAAAUCUUAGAAGAGAUAGAAAAGAUUCAAAGCCAAUAUAAAUCCCCUGCUUUGAUGUAUAUACAUGCACAAAGGUAUGGAUAUGAAUAAGAACAUAGGUAUAUACAUACAUAAUCUUGUAGCUCUGAGUCUUCUCCUCAGGUUUCUUUAUGUAUAGCAAACAGAAAAAGGUAUGACACUUCACCAAGCAUUUCAGAGUACUCUAGUUUAGGGAUCCAAAAGUGGAAGAAGGUUAAAGUCUAUUUCAUGUGGGAGGAGUUUACCAACAGGUUAUGUGAUUACCACUUAAGAAAUCUUUUAAUGAUCUUUUGAAACAGCUUCCCCAUUUGCAAAAUGUAUCGGGAAACAUAAAUAUAAAAAGUGGUGUAAAUAAUGGUCAUUAUUCUGUUGCUAUUAUUGCUGAAAUGUGUUUUUUUUCUUUUUAUUUCUCAAUCAUUCACUGAUUCUCUAAGGAUUUCAAAUGCAAGGAUGAACAAGUAGCGAUCUUUAAAUAAGAGUAAUGCAUGACUUGAUGGUUUUACUUGAUGAAUAUGUCACAUUUUGUGCCUGUUGCACACCUGUGAUAUUGCUGCCAGUGUCCGUGGCCAGUGACAGCACAUUGUGUGAGAUGUAAAUAAAUACUGCAGCACACUCCUUGUUUCUCUUGUAGCCUUCCCAAACGUUAGCUUUGGGAGAAAGGGUAAAACAGACAUUUUCUGUUCUCUAGGGAGAAAGUGAAGGGUUACAGGAAAGAUAAAGGCACAGCAGCAUGAAAGCUGCAAUCAGAAGAGAUGAGAGCACCUGGGGGUAUGUAUGUCACCUGGGAAAGCUGGAGGAAAUGGUCUCCCUUCUUUCUCCCAGGGAAAGGCUUUUCUCCAGUAAGUAAACUUUUGCAGAUUGUUGGUUUUUUUUUUUUUUUGUUUUUCUUUUAGUAUCACAUUCAGCCUUAUAUGUUUCAACCUUAUUUUUAGUAUGGAUUGUAAAGUGUUCUACCUUCAGGAAGACUGAUUCAACUAAAGGGAAGAAAAUGGUUAUGGAGAAGGAAUGUAGCACAUUAAAGAGCUAGGAGUUGACUGAAUGAACUGUGUGAAAAAACAGAGUGGAUAUUCAUGCAUAUAGGGGUAAGGAGGAUUGCUGUUAUUUACUGCUUCUGCAAAUCUUUUCAUAAGGGUCUUUCAGGUAUUUUACAAAUGCUUAUUUAAAAUCUCCCUCCUUAUCAUCUGUUAAAAGAGGGAAAUUGUGGUAAAAGUUGUGUAAGUUGUUUCUUUCCGGUUUGUGAGUGCUACUCAUAGGAAAGUGAGUGACCAGAAUGAGUGGAUCUCAGACACCGGGCAAAUACUCAUCAUGUUUGGAAAAGGAAAGAAUCUUGCUGAAAUCCUGCAGCAAAGAGGCACUAAGCUUUUUCUUUCUGUGACAGAAAAAGAAACUGUCUGGGAACUCUGAGAUGCCACAGCAUUUGCUGCUGGCAGUUCAGUGUACCCUCAAAAGUUCAGGUUGCCUUUUAUUCCUGUUAGGAAAGCAUUAUAUCUAUUUUAUGAAGGAGUAAUCUGAGACCAAUACUAUUUGUAAAUUAUAUUGUGUUACAUUUUUCAAUGUGUGAAUACUGUACUUACUUCUGGGCCCUAAUAUACAUUAUAUUUCUACUACAAUGUAUCAGUAUUUUUGUAUUAACACUGAUAUUUUUCUAAGAAACAUUUGGAUAGUUUAACAUCCAAGCCUAUGUCUUUAUUCUUGUUGUUAAAUCUCUAAGCUGUUAUAAUUGACAGAUGAUUUAAUCAAAAAGGUGUUACUUAUUCUAUUUUGCUCUUCGGGACUGAACAAAAUUAUUUGAACAACUGAGGUUGAAUAUAUUUCUAUAAUACAUUUCUUCACACAAACUGCUUCCUCAGCAGUGGAUUAGUGACAUAACAUAGAACAGCAUUGUGCUUUAGAAGAAUUUUUUAAAAUUCAGCACUGUUCUCUCAAUUAAAGAAAGAACACAAAACCAAAACAAAUAUUUCAGAGCUCUGGCAUUCACAUGCAAAGAUGUACUCUCUUGCCAACAUUAGCAACUCAAAUACUGCUGCGUUCUUCCAGUUUAUGAGAACUGAAGAUCAAGGCUAACAAGAAACUGCAUUUCCUCUCUUUUUUUUUUUUUCUUCUGAAAUAAAAAGGCUAAGGAUGAAUGAGCAGUAUAAAUACUGAGGAGUAUGCAUGUGAUUAAGAAGAGUAUACGUAUUUAAAUCUUAAUAUAUAAUAUAUACGUAAUUGUUGGGAGGUGGAGUCACUGAAACUAAAUCUUGUAUAAGCAGCAUAGUUUAAGAAAUCAAAUAUGUUUCUUUGCUUGGAUUUUAAGCUUGUCACAUUGUUCCGCUAAUUCUAAUGUAAAGGAAAUACAGAGGCAAACUCCAGCUUGUGUAUAAAUACAAUGAAAUACUUCUUUUUUUCUUUUCUGUCUUUCUUUUCUUUUUUUUUUUAUCUGCAAGUAAGAGAAUCUGAUGAGAUACAGUGAAUAAUUGGUUUUGUGGGUUUUUUGUUUUCUUUUUUGGUUCUAUAUUAUUGGUUCAGUGCUCAUUUCAGAGAAGGGAGUUGAGACAAGUGACAAGGACAAAGUUCUGUACAGAACAAGAUUUACUCCCCAGAAUUUUUAAGGAGAAUUGAAAGAUAUGAAAGAUUCAGGCUUCUUUUUUUUUUUUUUUUUUUUUUUUUAAUGAAAUCUCUGAGGGGAAUAUAAUUUCAUUACAUUUGUGGAAUUUGGGGAUUUUUAAUGGGCCUGCUGAUUCAGAGUACCCAGCCCAUAAAAGAGAUUAACCAGUAGUUACAGGUCUGUGGUUACUGUACUGUGAGAAGAAAGACAUUCAUUGCAAUUCAAAUAUGAGGAGACAGUUGGCUAAAGAAAACUUAUUUUAAAAUGAUUUGGAUGUGCAGUUGGUAUGAUGCAGUUGGUAUGAUGCAAAGGAUAUGCUCAUCUCUGUGCUGCAGGCAGUAGACAUACUGGAGCACCAGCUUGAUGUAAUCAUUCUGUGUGUGCUGACUUACUGUUAGCUGACGAACAAUAUAUUUGUUUUUGAAUGAAAUCACAUUUUUGAUAUACGUGAUCUCAAACACCAAAGCUGUUUGGUGCCUGCUCUGGCAGUGGUCGCAAGGUGGAUGAGAAGGCAGACAAACAGGUAGUAGUCUGGUUUCUUUUCUUUUCCUUUUUUUUUUUUUUUUCCUUCUUCUUACUCAGAGCCACAGGUGCUAUUAAAGAGGCCAAAUGAGGCUCUGCCUGUUCUGAGGCCAAAACUGAGGUGGAGGAUAUGGAAUGGUGUGGCUAAGGAGAGAACAUCUUUUGGAGCGAGGCACACAUCUCAGGAAGCUGGAAAAUAUGGUACUCUGCUCAGUAAGGCCUGAGGAAAAUCAAGUGCAUUAGUCAAAUGGGAAUUGAUAUAGGAGAAGGAAGAGAUAUGCACCCUACCUCCUUUCUCUUAUAUGUCUUAUGUUCAAAAAAAUAUAUAUUAAUAGAAUUGGGCUACCUGUUAUGAUAGUGAUACUCAUUUAACAGAGCCCAGAAUCAAAUGCUAUCAUGGCUACAGCUGGCUCUGUCUUCUUGACUUAAAUAAAAAUAAAAAGUCUGAGUGAUGGACCCUUAAGCACUUAGUAGAUGAAGUUGCAGAUUCUAACUUGAUGGUUGGUGUAUGUUAUGUCCAUCAAUUUCAUUUGGAUUCAGUGCCUCAGGCCUGGCUGUGAAGUCUAUACAUGUAAGUUUUAUGCUAUGAAGAAUGUACUCUUUUUGAUGUAACUACAUCUUUCUUCCAACUUUCUCCAACUGCAUCCUUGUCUGUAGUAUCUAUUAACUGCUUGUAAUUCUCACAGUGUCAUGGUAAAUUAUCAAAAAAAAAUCAUAUUUUGAGGUAUUAGCUUUAAAAAAAAAAAGUGAAAAGUAGACAGAAAAGGGAUGAAAAAAAAAAACAACAAACAAACCCUAAUGCUGGAUAUAUUUUAACUCCCCAAAAUAAUAUCUGUUUUAUGAUAUGAUUUUUAUUUUCUUUAAACUAAGACAAAACCACAUUCAUGGUUACAUGGUCAUGUCUUUUAAAGUCGUAACCUGCAUGCUAAGGCAAUCAGUGACCACAUCUUAAACUGAUUAUUUGUCUGUGGAGGAUGACCAUUUUAUUGCCUGAAAUAACAAACAUAAUUACGUUGCAUUCUUCAGCACAAUAGCUAUCACAAAAAGUAGAUAAAUAAAUAGUUCGUGCUUGUUCUAAUUAUGUUUUGGAUAAUGAUUAUUUGAGGAAACAAACAAGAAUUGUGAGGCAGUACCCAAGAGACUUGAAAUGACGCUUCUGAAUAAAUAGCAUGAAAGCAUUCUAAGUGAUGGCUUCUAAAGUUGUUAACCCUCGUUUAUGCUUUAGGCCAUAUGGUCUAGAAGUGAUUAAGUGGCACCUGUUUGCCAAGGAAUCACUUAUGUUGCAAUGCAGAGGAAAAAGUAUAGCUUGCUCAUCAAAGAAUAUUUAUAACCUGAAAGAGAUGAAUUAGCCUGUAACUGAAUUGUGCUGUGAAGAGCCACAUUCACCUCUGAUUGAAAUCUGAUAAGUUCAUGCAUUUAUUUGGAUUCAUAAGCUUAUUGUACCUUCUAAUUCAUUAUGCAUGUGUGAUGAUUACCAGCAGUAAAGCCAGGGUGACUCUGUAGUUUAGAUAGCAAGAUAUGACUUGCAUUAGCUAUGUAUGCCUUGUAUGUUGGAAAUGUUUUUCCUGAUCGGUCCAAGUGUAAAUCAGUUGAAGUGUUUAAUUUACUUCUCUCCCCUGCUACCCAGUGCCAAAAGGAGAUUGCAGUUGGAGUCUGGAGAAAGAGUAGUGACCUAUGAUGAGGGGUGACUGCUGUACAUUUCCACAGACAUUGCAUAGCCUAAAGGAGGGUUACAAAUUUCUGUUUUGGCAUGGGGAUGCUUCUUCAAAAAAUUAAGAGAGUUAAUUUUUAAGUGCAUACAGUAAAGUUUUUUUGGAGGUAGAUAAGGAUGUCAACGAUUUAAAACAAACAAACAAACAAAAAAAAAACACACCCACAAACCCACCCUGGAGAAAGUAGGUCAUAGCUUGGUUUCCAAUGCUUCAGUUUGUUCAUUUUUACAAUAUUUCCUACUGAUUAGGAAUUCACGUAUUUCAUAGAAUCCUUACAGUUGGAAGGGACCUUUAAAGGUCAUCUAGUCCAACUCCCCUGCAAUGAGCAGGGACAUGCAUGGCUAGAUCAGGUUCCCCAGGGCCCUGAUCCAGCCUUGCCUUGGAAGUCUCCAGGGACAGAGCAUCAACCACGUUUCUAGGCAACCUGUUUUCCUAAUGGCAAGGGAAUGAUGGCAAAGGAUAGAAAGAGAUUGUGGUUCCACGUAGCAUACACCUUUGAUUUGCAUCAGAUUUUCCAGUAACUUUCUUCAAAAUUAAGGAUACUUGUUAUUAGUUGCCAGUUUGAUUAAAAUGAUUGGUCUUAGAGGCUUUUAAUGAAGAGUGUUACCAUGAAAAGUGAUCGCACCUACUAGGUUUAUUGUCAUGUAUGUCUAUGUAAUCUGAGAUAGAUGUUGGUAAGAGGCCAAAUGUGAGAACCUCUGUGUGAAACUGAGUACAGUCUUGCUAACUUCCUUCUCUCACACGUGGCACGUGAAGCAGAACAUCUUUCGUUUGGUAAAACUGUAAAUCUCUUGGGGUGAAUCUGAAAGCCUAUAUCCUUCAUUGAACUCAAAUUUUUUGCUUGUAAGUGAAAAAUGGCAGCUUGUACUUAUUUAUUCUUUUUAAAAACAUACUCUCUGGAGACAGCAAAUACCUUCAGAUGUUGUUAGAGAAGCAAUUACAUAGAUAUUUACUUAUCUUAAUGUCUUAAUGGAGAUGAAUCGUGCUAACAAAUGUGUUAACACUUCCAUAUAUCAUACAGGAAGACGUUAGCUUUCAUGCGGAAUUCAUCCCAUGCUGCCUUUCUAAAAGAUUAUUAGGAUUUUUUUUAAUGUUAUGGUUGUUUUUCUUAUUUGUUUUGGUUUAAUUUAUUGGUUGUCAGUGGAAUUUAAUUUUUGUUAGUGUUUCAGUGGAGCCAACUUGAAUAAUCCACUGAACCAUCAUAAAGUCUUUCCUAAAGUCAUUAAAUGAAAUUCUAUUAGCAAAUGGCUUCAAUUUACAAAAACAUAGUAUUCAAACUUAACUCUUAAUAGAGUGAGAAUAUUUUGCAUUUCAUAUUAUGUGUGUUUUCAGAAAAUGUGAUAGAACAUGUAGUAUUUUUAAAUCUUGUCUGCAUACUAUGGCACAUACUGUGUAUGGAGUCACUGAAUCACUGAAAAUCUUUUUGUUGUUUAUGGUGGGGUUUGAUUUGCCUGCUUUGUAGGUUUUCCAAUUAUUUGCCAUGCAAAUAAAGUACUGCUCUUUUUGGAUUUAUUAGAAUUAUUCUUUGAGGUGAUUUCCAGUAUCUAAGAAUUAUGCCAGCACUUAGUAGCAGUGACUUUUUUCAGUAUUAGAUGAAAAAUACCAAAAGGGAAAACUUCAUUAUACCAUGGUGAAGUACACCUCCAGAACACAUCUAAGCAUAUGACGUAGGGAUUAAACAUGAAGAUGAAAACUUUCAUACUACAAAUCUGAUAAAGGAAAUAACGUAGGAGUUUGACUUGAAGAGGUGCAGGCUUUUUUCAUCUGAUCCAUAUGAGAAACUCAAGUAAUAUUAGGUGACUGCCUCAUCAAUUGGGUUUUGGAAUAAUCUAGGCUGGGAAUCAUGUUCAUUCACAUCACCUUAUGGAUUUUAUGGAAACUGAAAUUGGUGCCAUACUGUUUGAAUCAGUUUUUCCUAAAAAGGGAAAAGUUUAAAUGGAAGCUCAAAAUAAAUUACAGUGGAGUGAAAUCACUAUGUUGGCACAGUGCUUCUGAGAACCUCUUGACAGGUUUCCAUAUUUUCUGUGCUGGAGUUAGAAACAUCUGUGCUGGUCCGAGUCUCAAACACAAGAACAUCGUGGCGCAUAAAUAAAUCAUACUUGCCAUACUUAUGUAGUUCUUUGCAUUGCUGUGUAGACAAAGCCUUCCCCUGGGGACUGCUGAAGUUCUGUGCAGCCCUUGGUUUUCUGUCUGUACCAAGCCCAGUCACUGACUUGGUCUGCACAGAGAACGGAAUCAGUGUGUACUCAUGCUUGGAUGCAAGAACUUCUUACACUGCAUGCUGUUGAUUGCUAUAUGAUGUUUAGAUGGCCAUGCAGAUUUCUCUGUCUGGAUUUUCAGCAUGACUGAGAUGAGCCUGCCUGCUAACCUCACAUGAAUUACAUUGCUUCAGGAUUUAAUCCAAAUAUCUCAUGUAACACUAAAUAAAUUACCAUCCACUCUUUCUGCAUCGUACAUUUUCAUUUUUAAUGUUGCUCUGUUCCUUCUUUCUAUGAAAUAAUAAAGCAAAUCAUGGAUCAUCUUUCAAAAGCAGGAUAGGUGUUCAUGUCUAUUCUGAGUACCUGCAAUUAUGCAUCUCUAGGAUAAGAGAUCUCUGCAUCACAAUUCCCUUGGCAACUGCAAUCAUCCAGGCAAUGCAUAGUUUACAUCAUUCCUAGACCAGACUUUGCUAUGCAGGGUCAUAUCUGAAGUACAGAGGAAUGAUUCCCAUGAGAGUUACAGAAGUGCCUUCCCCAUGUAUUUAUUUAUUUAGGAGAUGUAGAGGACUUUUCCUGAUUUUAAUAUAAGUCAGUGGAAAUUACAUGAGGUAGGUUUGCAUUGUAGAGCCAAUAACAUCACGUCAUGACAUUUUUAGAACAUAGUAUGUUGAAUAUUAGGUUCCGCUAAAUCUGAUACGAUCAGAUUUUUGGCAUUUGAAGAUAUUUGCUGGUUUCAGAUACACAGGAGUGUUAUUCCAGCCAGCUAAGGUAUCUUAACUGCUAGGAGGCAAAUAUAAUCCCAAGCAUAGAAUUUUCUUAACAUUUCUAUAGUGUUUGCCAACAUUACUAUUUGUGUAGUACAAAAAAUACAGAAAACUUAAUAGGAGUAUCAUACUCAUUUUCUGACCUGUUUCUUAUUGUGCCAUGUACUGAGUCCAGGUUUGGCAACUGAAAGUAUUUUGGCAUGCUGAUCUUGUCAGUGAACAAAAAGGGAACAAAGUCUAAUGGAGUCAAGGGGAAACUCUUGAAAAGAGAUGGGGUAUAAUGAAAGCUGGCAACUUAUUGACUAGGGCUAUGUUAGCACAACUCUUUGAAAUUCUGUGAUUUGCCAGCAGUUGUCUAAUUUGAGCUGUCACAAGAUUUGUUAAUGUGUCUCUGGGAGAGAGCAAAGGGCAUAUCCUCAGGCUAUAAGUCUUCUGAAAACUGAAUCUUUUUAAAGAAAUGCCUGAAGCAGAGCAUGGAAGAUGGGAACAAAGGCAAUGGUCUCCAGGCUUGAAUGUCUUGUGAGUUAGGAAAGUAUGAUGACAAGAGUGAGAGUAGUAAAAACAGAAAUCAGUUUUGAAGUACUGAGAAAAUGGGAGGAGAUAGUGAACAUGGUGCAUGUAUAUCUUAUCCAACAGAGUAAUGAAUGUAAACUAUUAUUUUCUGUAACUAGAAAAAGGGAGGUAGACCGAUUGUCAUUUAAGGCUGCAUCGUGAAAGCAGAGAUAUAUAAUGACCAAACUUGCUGUGGGAGUUUGUCCCUAAACAGACGUACAUUUUUUUCCCUUUCCAAUUUUCUCAAAAAAAAAAAAAAAAAAAAAAAAAGCACUGAUGAAGUCUGCUAGAACUAAAUAAAUGAACACAUUCUUUAUUUCUCUUUUUCCAGAAUACUUCAAGGCAUUUCUUUGUGUAGACAUUUAUUAUGCUUCGUUCAAGCAUGUGUUCUCUUAAUAUAUAUGAAGUUUUAAGGCAUACUUGACAUAUCAGCAAUUGAAAGCUCACUGUUCAUAAUGCCCUUUUGAAAUUCUGAGAAGAUACUUAAUGUUCACGUAGGAGAUCAGUUUUUCAGAUGUCUUUCAGUUUCAGUGUGCCUGUUGAAUAUACUGUAAACAUACUCUGGCUCUGAUUUGACAGAAAGGUAGUGCUUCCAUAGACAGCAAUGCAUACACAUGCAUGCUUGAGAUGUAACUUUGCCAUCAGCUAGCAAAUUCUGAUUUCUGUGUUUGCUCUUUAACAAAUUACAAAAGUUCUUGCCCAAGCUAGAAAGUCAGUUUGAGGCUGGCUGACAAAAUCCUUCCUGUUACCUAGCAACUAGUGGGAAGGAUGUGUGGGAGCAUGAAGGCUGAGUCAGUGCACCUGUGUCAGUAGCAGCAGCAUUGGCUCAGGAAAAUAAACAGAGAUGGGAAAAGGGAAGAUGACUUUUUUAGAACUUCUCUUUCUAGAUUUUUUUCUGGUUUUACUUACUAGCACAAAACUAUUUGUGGAUCAGCAAUGUCAACUAGGGUUGCAGUGUCUCUUUUCGCAGGAUGAUGUUAUACUUGCUUCUGAAUUUUUCAACUACUUCUAUGGAAAAAAGACCAUGAAGUGAUCCUCUUGUCUCUUAGCAAUUACAGGUUUGAAUUCAGCUUUGAGAUAUUUUAUAUAACCAGCUGUAUUUAAGUAGGUAAGUGUAUAAAAUUAAUGUAGUUAUUAAAGUAUACUAACUGCGAGUGUUUCUGAUGUAAAACUUCCUGGAACAGAAGCUUCUAUUCCCAGUAUAUUCUCAGAUGCUUAGAAGAAUAAAAUAUAAGCAGAAGUGAAGAGUGAUGUAAGCAGAGAAGCAGAGCAGAGCACUUGACUGGAGAUUAAUGGUCAACUAUCAGAUAUGCAAAUAUCUAAUUUUUGUAUUGCCUUUUAAAGGUAGCAUCUUGAGCAGAGGAAGACAAUCCUUUCAUAGUUUGUCCACACAGAAAUAUGAUGUACAUUUCUCAAAGACUUCAAUAUGCAUUCAUUCAAACAUUUUAAACAACUAAUAAAUUAAUGGUUGCUCAUUAAAAAAAAAAAUGGUUCUUAAGAGGUCCAACAAGAUUAUUUUCUUAUGACUAUCUGAGCAUGCCCAUUUAAAAAGAAAGAGUAUUAUGUGUGAUUAUGCUGAAGAAUAAAAGGGAUUUCAAUAUGACUUCAUCUAUAAAUUCAAGUUAUAAGAUUUUUAUUUUUUUUUUAUUUUUAUAUUUCCUAAUCUUUCUGUUGUCCCAUGUAAAGAUCUCAGGACAGGCGAGAUCUCUAGCACAGGAAAAUCUUAUUCUUAGUUAUCUAAAAGUUGGAAGGAUUUUAUUUGAGAGCUAGGAAGAAUGUAAUUAUUCUCAUUUGAAAACAAAAUCUUAAUUCUAUUUAAAAAUAUGCACUUGUUAGUUUAAAUGAAAACUAAAAUGUUUUAAAGCUCUAAGUAACAUUGCUUGACUGACAUUGGUUUGACUUUAUUUGGGACGGUGUGUUGAGUGAAAAGAAAUUGAACCAAUGCAAUCAGUAUCAGUAAACAGAAAAAGGGAAGUCCUCCAUUGAACUCAGAAUGCUUUAAGUGAGGACUGUGGUAGUUCUUUGUUUUGUGAGAUUUGGAGAUUUCGAAACAAAAACCUGUUACAGCAAAUUUCCAGAAAAGAUGUCUAUUCUGCAGAAGUUAUGAGCGGGAGAAUGUUUUUUUUCUGUAAAUGAACAAAUAAAUGCUGACUUCGGUAUGAAUUCUGUAUGCUCCUCAACAGGGAGCUGCUAUGACAGAAUAUGGCAGUGUUAUUACUGAAAGAUUAUGCAAGUGUGUGUUGUAUGCUUAAAAACUUGAAACAAUGGCCAAAUGCCAUGCCUGUUCCAGGUAAUGUGGCAGCUGCCUAAACAUUGUUCUGCUUUGUUUUCUUUCACUUUGAACACAAAAUGUAACUUGUAAUUACUAUCCUUCUCAGUAGUGGGAGAGUGACCAGCAACUCUGCUUUCUGGAGGUAUGUUUCUGAGUCCCUCCUUCCUUAGGACCUAAGGAAGGAGGAAGAAAAAUUUUUUUUCAUCUUUGCCUCUGUAUUAAUCAUUAUAAGAGAAGUUUCACCUCUCCACUACCAGUCAUGGAUCCUACUGCUUAAACAUUUACAAAUUCUUGAUUAUAAAAUAUCUGAUGGUUAUUAUAAAUUAUUUAAUGAGAUGUCAUAACAUAAAGAUACAGGUGAUCCUUUCUAAUCCUCCUUUGUGCCUUCCCCCUUAGUCUUCUUCUGUAAAACAUUAAACCCUUUAUCAUUAUGCAUUAAUUGAUAUUAAUGAGGUUAAUCUUUGCAAAGUAGGGAUUAUCUUGCUUUAGUCAGACUUUCAAAGGAGAACUUAUUAACCAAAGCAAAAAAAAAAAAAAAAAAAAAGGAAAUACAAUAUGGAAAUAAUUGGAAAUAACUGUGUACUGACACAACCCAUAUUCUGCAAUUUCACAUAUAGGUGUUAGGCUGCAUGUUUGCUUUCAAAAGUGAGUCCCCAAAGGAGCUGCCUAUUGUGCCCUGUGAAACAGCAAUAUGUUAAAGGAAACUGAUGUUCCUAUUUAUUUCAUUUUGUUUUUUGUGACUUAAACUCUGUGAAGUGAGAUUUUCCUUUGUGGUUCUAAGAGAGGAGAAUUCAUUGUAGUCAUGGGUCGAGAGAACUUUAGCUGAAGGAAAAAAUCAAAAUUAAAAUCUCGCUAGCAUAAGAAUGACUUGAUACAGAUGGAUGGUAUGAGGCAUUUAGUAAAAAGCAUUUAAGAAACCACAUAAUCUUGGAGAUGGUAGAUAAAAAUAUAUUGGGACUAAGAUAUUCAUAUGGUAAAGAAAGAGAGAAAAAGAGAGUUUGUGAAUUGUUAACCUAGUCUGGUAGAUAAAUAUAAUCAUAAUAGAAGACUUAAAAGAGAAGUUUCAUUCUACCAAAAGCAAAAAUAUUUUAUUGAAUGCAAAUAAUUGCAGAAUUGAAUUUAUUGCCAAAUAUACGUGUAUGUAUGUAUAUAUAUCUGUUUGUAUGUAUGUAUGUAUUAGCAUGUCUUGAUAGAAGGAAUUAGUGAUGGUAGAAUAUUCUUUAGAUGGAAAAAUAAAAAGAAUAACUCCUUUCCACAUAUUAUUAACAUAUCAAGAAAUUGAGGCUAGGUUUAGAAUGGACAGCUGUAUGCAAAUUAAGUUUUACCAAACCAUGCACUUUCUGCACAGACCCAACUGAUUUUUGACAUUUUUCUCAUCCAGACUGCAUAGUGUCAGUGCGCACUGUCUUGGGCUAUCCAUCAUCUUCACAUCAUUAAUAUCUUCAUUGUCUUUUCUAAGAUCUGAUCACUGACUGGAAUCUGAAACAGCAUUUCUGUAAAAGUGAAGCUUCACACUGUAGUCAGGCUGAUUGUAUCUUUCUGCAUGAUGAUUCUACAAAAUUUCUAAGUGUGGCUUAUUUUCUAAAACAAUUUCAUCUCAGUAGCUGUUCAGGAAGCUUAUUGAAACUACGUACAUAAUUUAGAUGGAAGAGUUCAACUACUGUCUAAUUUAUUGGUAAUUGUUUGGAGUCAGCAUGAAGUUUUUACUUCCUUUUCUUGAUCUAUGACUUCAGUAGUUUGCUGUAGAAGAGAUCUUCAGCAAGAACCUAAAUCUGUUUCACGUCAGUUUGCAAUGGUCUCCUACUGUUAUAAAAAGAGCUGCCAGUUUGAUAAUGAUUCUCUACUUUUUCUGAGUUUUAAUCAGUGUGGCUAAGGUCCCUCACUAUUUGACGGCUAGGAGAUUUAAAUGCUCCAUUUUAACUUAGAAACACAUACACACACACACACACCAAAAAACAAAAAACAAAAAAAAAAGAAAAGCAACAAAACUUAUAUCUCUUUUGUUUAGUGAUGAUUGAGACAUUCAAAUUUGAUUACUACAACAAUGACCGAUUCUCUUGCUCUUAUUAAUUCCAUCAUAUAAAACUGCCUUUUUGUUGUUCCUUCUGUUCCAUUGUGGGGUUUUUUGUGCAAUAUUCAUCUCAAAUCUAGUCUAAUGUGAACUCUCAGUAUGUGUUAUUAUUUUGAGCAAUAAUUGUUGAUGAUGUAUUUGAAUGUCUACAGCUUUUCGUGCCAAAGAGUGCUGGAGCAACCCAGGCUCAUUCCAAAAUACUCGCUGAUGUACAAAAUGGUUCUUUGGUUACAGAAUAGUUACUUCUGCAGCUACUGCCAUGACACAUCUGCAGCUCUUAUGAUGUCUGUUUGCUUGCUCCCAAGCAAAAUACAGCUACUUUUAUAUGAUAUGCUUGAAAACUGAUUGAAAACACAACCUACUAACUUAAAAAAUGCAGGAUGUUUUUAGGUAAGAUUUAAAUGCAAGAGCAUAUCAAUAAUUGAAAUCAACUGCUUUUUAAGCACAGAAACUGAAAAGUGCAAGAAAAAUAAGUGCUUAGGUUCCAUGGAAACUACAACAAAGAGCACAAUAACACUAUUUGAUACUGUGUUGUAGUAUAGAACUUGCUCUAUUUUCAACAUAGUCACUGUCAUUAGCUAUGCAUUUUUGACAGCAAUGAACAAGAGCCUGCAUGCUGUACUUACAGAAAGCUACACCACUGCAGAAGUGAUCCACUGCUGAAACACACUACCCGCCUUACUGUGCUUAAAUACACUGUUUGGUCUCCAUAAACAUUUAGCAAGUGUCAAUAAAUGUUAAUUUGUGCCAUUUUUCCAGACAGGAACUUGGUUACCUUUGCUUUAUACUCGUUUCCAUGUCAGAGGCCUUUUUGUCAGACUUUCUCUCUGCUGCCAUUUGUCACAUGGCAAUAUAAUAUAACAGAAUACUGAUGGGAAUGUUCAACCUCUACUGCCAUACCACCAUCAACCUUUGAUGUUGUGGGCCAACCUAAUAAAAUAGGAGGCAUUAUUUUCAGAGCAGCCUGCAUAUGAUGUUUAUUUAUAUCCCUGGUUCCUCACGUUUAGAAAAUACCUCUAUAAUAAAUAAACAACUCUCAUUUUGAAAAUGUAGCAUAAGAAAAAAGAAGUCAUCACACAUAAUUCCAACAAAUACCUGGUAGAGGACAAUCUUAGCGUGGGGAUGAACUUCCUGUCUCUAAAAUAGAGUAAGCUAGAUUCAACAGAUGAUAAUUUUAAAUGAACACUUAAAUACAGCAGGAUUUUCUUAAAAAACAAACAAACAAACAAACAAAAAAAAAACCUCAGGCAGUUCAAUUUAGGAAUCUUUUUUGUAUAAAGUACAAACAUCUUGAACAUUCUUUUCCUUUUUUUUCUGAAGUAUUAUACAUACUUUUCCCCUGAACUUGAUGUUAUUCUUCCAAUAAAUUCAUCAAACAUUUCUCACUGUGCAUAUUCAAGACCAAUUGGUAUGGAGCUUUUGAAUUAAUUGUUAAAAAAGCAGUUGCAUUUAACACCCCUUCAAAAUAAACAAAAACCUCUAGGAGGUAUCUUGCCCUGGAAGAACAAUUUGCUUCCUAUACUCAUUUUGAUCACAUGCUGUGUAUUAUAUAACCACCUCUGCCACAAAAGGAACAAUUGAUUGCCUAUUGCUUUUAUGAAUAUGUCCAAAACAAACAAGAAAGACUUCUAACAUGGACUAGAAAUUACUGUACCUUUCAGCCUCAUAGCCUCUCCUGGCAGAUAUAAUUGUAGAUGUCCAGAAGAAAGUUAUUUUUGGAAAAUGGAAAAAUUAUGUCAGUAUAGAAAAAUGCUUCCCCCAUACUGGUGUUAUGCAUUUCUUGGAAUCAGCUAUUUGGGCAACUGAGCACCAGUAGCUGCAGCUAUGUUGUGAGUAAUCCUCAGUAGACCUUCACUUCCAUGAACCUAACUAACCACUUUCUAAACAUAUUUGAGUUUUGUAACAUCCUGUGCCAAGGUAUUUCUUAAUUUGAUCAUGUAUAGCAUGAAAAAGUACAUCUGUUUAUCUUAUACCUGCUAAUAAAUUCAUUCAGUGCCCCUUAGUUCUUAUGUGGAAAAAAAUAAACAAACAUGCUAAUUCUCCUUCUUCAAUCUGUUUGGUAGUUUUUCAUGCUUCUUCAUUGACCCUCUUCAAAAUGAAAUAAUUAUCUAACUCAUCUUUCUUCAUUAUCAAUCACUGCCACCAUCAUUGCUCCCUUAUCUUUUCUAGGAACUUUUCUAGACCUCCAGGGUUCUUAAGAUGGAGCAAUGUGAGAAUGAAAUAAUAAUCCAGGUGAGGGUUUAAUGUGGAUUCAUACAGUGAAACAACAGUACUUUCUGUUUUCUGUGUACCUCUGAGUAAUAAUUAAGCAUCUUUGCCUUUUUGAUUGCUGUCAAGCUGCGUGGUUCAAGCUCAUGUUUUCAAAGAACUGCCCACUUUGACAUAAAGAAUAUCUCCCGAAUAACAAAAUAUCAUUUGGAGUCUGCUCUGUGUGCAUUUAAUUAGGGCAAUUCCUUCCCCAUGGGCAUCACUCUGCAUACUACAGUUAGUUUAUGUAUAUUCAUAAUUCAAGGUGUCUACUGAUUAAUGUUGGUUUCUAUAAAGUGGCUGUGUGACCCAAAGGAGCUGCAUGCAUUAAAUCCCAGCAACUCAUUUUGUGUGGGCUGCUGAACAGACAGACAUUAGCUGAAAAUGACUCCUGCUCUCUGUUCACCUGGGCUAAUUUCAAACUAAUGUCCUAGGAGUGAAAUGCUCUGUAUCUUGUUACAAGUCUCUGGAGCUUACCCAGUCAAAUCCAUUUGUGAUUCACAACUUAUCUUGAAAGAUUUGUUCUGCUUCUUAUAGACCUGGAAGAAAAAAAAAAAAGAGAGACUUACGUAUUUUUUCAUCAGAAUUCUAAAGGAAAACAAAUUAAAAAUUGUCACCAAUCCUUGUGUCAAGGAAAAUAAAUAUUAUUUACAGAUACAAAGGUGUCAAGUGAUAUAAUAUUAAAAUAAAGAGUAAUUUGAUCUUCCUUUGGUGGAAACCUUGUUGACAGCUGAAUGCCCUGGGUGUUAUUCAAGUCUCUGAGCACAGCACAGAAGUAGACAUAAGACUUUGAAAUGAUUUCUGUUCUCUGGAUGAGGUAAAGAAGCACUGUCUGACCUGAAUUUGUGAUGAAUGUUGCUUAUCAAUGUUAGCAUCUCUUUUCAGACACUAAAUAAAGCUGCAAGAAGUAGCACGUGGUUAAAUUCUCAAAGGUGCAUUGGAAUGUUCUGCCACUUUCUGUCCUGUGCAUUCAGGCAACAUUGCUUUAAUUGUAAAAAGUAGGAUCAAACAGCUUUUAUAAAUUCAAAGAAUUUAUAAAUUCAAAGCUCUGUCUCAGAAUAAUAUAUUACCACUGUUUAACAUGUAAGUAUCUCUAAAAAUACAUUAUACAUUGCUCCUUCUUUAUCUCUUUAUCUACUUUUAAAGAGCUGCACUAGAUACCAUUCUCCAGAGUAGGUAGUUCACUGUGUAACACAAAUACUGUACAGCCUGCUCACUGAGAUCACAUUGCCUGCCUUUCUGGUGUUAAUCAUUGCAGUAAUCAAAUAUCUCACAAUACUUAAGUUGCAUCUGUUGCAGGGAAAUACUACCUUUUUCCACUUUACAAACAUUAAUCAAAAGCAGUGUAAAAUAUCAUGGAACGUGAGUAUGCCCUGAGAAUGCUGCUGUGACUAAGCCAAAAGCUUCUGAAAUCACCACUACCAUGGGAUGACUGUCCUCCAGUUUGGGUUCAAAGCUGAGCAUACAUCUUGGUAAAACACGAAUGGAUCAACUAACUUGAUCUUACUGACUAGUUGUCCUUCAGCAACCUUCAGCAAAGUUGAAGCUUUAAGCUGAUGACAAUGCUGUUCUUGCAGAAGUUGGUGCAAGUUCCACUGGUAACUUAAAUCAGAAUUGAGAGUGAAAUCAGAAUUGACAAAUGAUACUACAGGUUAAACCACAAAGAUCAGAUCAAGGAUAUCGUUCAGUUUUACAAAUGUGUAGGUGAGUGAUCAGUCUUCUCAGCCAUGAAAGUUUUCUGUAAAGUCCUAAGCCUCUGCAGGGUGAAUGCAGAAAUCUUUCUGUGUGAGGACAGGCUUGUAUUUUACUCUUCAGUAUCUUCUAUAAAAUGAUUUUUUUUUCCUCACAAUUUUAAAAAUAAUUUUGUAUUUCCUAUACUCAACAUCACCCCUCAGAUUAGUAGGAUCUGUUACAUCGGGUGCAAAGUACAUUUGAAAAUUGCAUAAGAGAAGACAAAUUCAAGGAGAGAGGAAAACAUUAAGAAACAGCUGAUCUCAAAAUUUGAAAAAGUAAUAUACGUAUUAAGGUGGAAGCCAUGGUAUUUUCUUUUAUUGUAUCAGAAUUACCUGUUUGUAAUCAACCAUUCCCUAAAUGAAUGAGUUACACUGGGGUAAACAGGGACUAGGAUAAUUCAUUCCAAGCCUUCUAUAUAGUAACUGCUUCAUAAUUAGUGGAGAAAAAUAGAAUAAAAUGGACCCAGUCUAAUACUUUUGAGAAGUGGCAAUAAAACUUUUUUGUUAAUGUUUUCAUUGGUUUUGCAAGGAGUGAACAGGUCCCUUCCUAUGUGCACAGGCUUCACUGUGGUGAUGAAGUUAGAGGCCAUCUCAUGGUGUAGCAGAGAAGGAGGCACCUGGCAUUGGCAGCUACUGGGGACAUGUGAUGGAGAACUGCAUUGUGAACAAAACCUGCCAGCUUAUUCUGCUUCCUAUGCCCAAGUAAGAGUUUAUUAACUUAAUUGAGCUAUAAAGUCUAACCAUAAUUUCUGUCUAUCUGGGAGAGAAAGAAGCCCUGCACAAAAAAAAAAAAAAAAAAAAAAAAAAAAAAAAAAAAAUUGAAUUCCUUUUAUAGCUGGCGUCUUUCAGACAGUGUUACGAGUUAUCGCAAGGAUGCCAAAAGUGAAAUUUGAAGUGUAAGCAGAAGUCUGAGAAUUCAUUCUGUAUUAACCCAGUGGCUUUAAGUACUUAGGUUUUUUCAACACUAUCAAAAAUAUCUUUCCUUUCAGCUGCUUGCAUCCAUGGGUGAUCAGUGUCCCUGUACUCAGGCUUCAGGGGGUGGGAGACUACUUAAUAUUUUGAACUGCAUUCACUGCUGUUCAUCAGAGGUUAUUUUAAUGGGUGUUAAAACUAGGAGACUGUAACAGUAUGCUGUUUCAUUACUCAGUUAUGUUGAUUUUAUAGUAGUAGAUAAAAUAGUCUGUAGUUUUUUAAUUUUUUUUCUUUUUUCCUUUUUAUUAAAAAAAAAAAAUCACAGUGUCCCACAAAAGGGAAAAGUUUGUCAGAAAAUAAACAUCCUUUAAUUCCAGCUUGUCCUCAGGUAUCAAAGGGGCUGGCAGCCACUGAGCUUAGAUACUUAGAGUGAUGCCCAAUUCAGUGCAAUAAAUCCAGUCACAUUCAACAUACAAACUGUCACAAUUAUAGAUUCGAAAAUACUGCACUAUCCCAUUCAUUUAGUCAUAUUUGAAUAGACUCUCACAAGCGCCCUUAAGAAAGUUUAUUAAAGCAACAGCUUAUAGAUUCUUUUGGAUUGCUGGUGAUAAAUUCGUUGUCUGCAAACCAUGUAAGGUUAACCAGGAACACGAAUAAAACAUCUAAUUACAAUUGAGUUAAAUUAUGGAAUAAUUAUAUAGAAUUAUAAAUAUAGAAUAGAUUUCUAAGUUUCCUGGGGAAGCACUUGGUAUAUCCAAGUGCUCAGGUCACUCAAUAGGUGUUCUUAUGCAGGAGGGAAGAGAGGCUUAGCCCAUCAGCAGAUUCCAGAAGCCAGUGAUGUCUUCCUGGCUUGUUUGCAAUAGUACCUUUCCCCUAAAUUCCUUCUCUCUUUUUGCCAUUUUUAUAAUAUCUUGUCUUUCAAGUGAAACUUGAGUGACUCUAGUAAAACAUACCUUUGUUUUGCAAAUUUUACUCAGGGAACUUUUUUUUUUUUUUUUUUUUUGUCAGAAAAGUGGAAAACUGAUGGUUCAGGAAAACAAGAUAGUGUAUCAGUUGCAGUAGUGUCAUCAAGUCUUCAUCACUGCAGGAUGAUCAUGAGAUUUGUCCACGAGACAAACUCUUCUUCACACUCUAUGUUGUUUUUCUCUUAGAGUCAGCAUACCAGGCUGUCCGAGUCUUUGUUAACACCUAGGGUCACAGGUCACAUUGCUUAGGACGUUAUCAUGGAAUGGAGUAUCCAUGACAUUCCACCCUGGACAUUUACCUUCUCUCAAGAUGUGUACUUUUUAAUAAGUUACCUCUGGUAAAUUUUCCACAUAAUCCACUUUGAGACUACAGGCACUCAAGUUUGAUAAUAUUUAGAAGAAACUGGAGAGGUCACAUGCCAUCUUGUUAUUAGGGCUAGAGCUCGAGGGGCUCUCAGCCUUCUCACUAUUUGUGGGGCAAGAUGACUGACUCAUAGUCAUAGUAUUCAGCAAGACUGCAUUAUCAGUCCUGAGCAAGGCCUUAGGUGUAAUGAACUGACCAAAGGAAGAGGCUGGGGGCAAGGAGUAGUAUACCAUCGUACAUGGCCUCAAAUAUACAUACUGAAUUUUAUAGGUGGUAAUGCAGAGAUUCUAACAUAGACCUCAGGAUCCCUAUAAAUUGUUAUGGCCAGAAAGUGUUUAUUGGCAAUGAGGCUUUACAAACAAACUGAAGCUUGGGAGGUGAAAUGGAGUGGAGAGUAAGUCAGCGACCACACAGCAUUUAUUCUUCUUAUUAAUUAAUUGUUAAUUUUUUAAAUUAAAUUAUUCUUCUUAAAGACAAUGUUAAGUUCCUUUACACUGUGAAUAUAGAGAGGUAUUUGUAUGCAUAUAUGAAUAUAUGCACACAAAUGCAUAUGUGACUAUAUACGGCAGUCUAUUUUAAGAUUAGUGAAAUAAUUUGAUAACUCUCACAUUCCUCUGUUACACAGUCUUUUAGUAAAUUAGAUACGGUACAAUUAAACACUGAAAUCUGUUUGUAUAGCUAAAAGUAAACAAAAUGCUGGCAUAGUGAUCAUUAACCUUACUUUCACUUCAGAUUUAAAUAAGUAUAUGUUUUUUAAGGGAAAGCUUGCCUGCUUUAUGAAUCCCUAGGAAAGUCUGUUUAUUUCACAAAUAUACGACAAAAGCAUAUAGUUCCAGAGCUGUUUGAGUCAGUUAUAUUUGUAAUCAAUUCUAAGAAGGCCAACUUACUGUUUCUAUGGUACAUAUGGCAGAUGCCUUAACUAAUAGUUAUUGGAGCUAAUCACUAUUUAUCAUUGAAGUUUCAUUGGGGCUUGUGCUUUGGAGAGUAAACAGUGGGUUUUGUUUUGCAGUUCAUGGAAGUCAGUCUUGUUUGUUCGUUAAUCGUUAUGGCAAUACAAUAUUAAAGCUGUCCCAUGAGUGGCAUAUAUUUUUCAGCAUGUCAUGCUCUUUUAGAGCAUCUGUUGCUCUUUCUGAGGUAUCCUAAUAUAUUCUGUUUUGAAAUCAUAGAUAAGGUGGGAACAAUUCUUAUGGGAAAUCAAAGGAUUUAUAUCACUAAAGAACAAUAGCAUACUUGACACUGCAGGAAAUUCCUUCUCAGGAAGGAUUUGGACUUCAUUAUCCAAGCCCUGAGCCACUGCAUGUAUGAUUGACUAAGAUGUUAGAACCAAUUCCAUUGCUGAUAGCAAUUUCAUUUGCCUCAAGAAUAUAGGUAAGUUUUAGCUGAGAUUCUGACCUCAAACAUAUUGUGAAUAAAUUGUAUGUUCUUUCUCUGGCUUUUGAUAUAUAUUUUAACAUUUCUUACAGAACUUAAUUGAUAAUAAUGUGUUUGCAGAGAGAAAAGAUGGCUGGGAAUUGUCAAGCUCUUUUGUUUUAAACUUUCUCUAAGGCAGCAUAUUCAUCUCUGUUUUGCAGUGUAGUUCCGACAUCACUGUACGUCUCACUCUGUUACCUAAAGUACAUAUUGCCUUUGUUAUGUGGAGAUCUCCCAUACAGACCUAGCUUAAAGAGGUGUCUACCCUGUCAUACCCAUUUGGAUCAUGAGUGUGCUUUUGAAGCCAGUCUCUUAGUGUCAGUUUCUGAAUAAACUCAAAGCAUGAUCUCCAGGAGUAAACUAAUAACUGCAGCUGCUAAUGAAUGCUCAGUCUCUGGGACAAGGCUAGAGAUAGUCCAAAGUGAAUCCCAUUUGUAAUGUCAUUGUGGAUGCUAUGUCUUUGGAUCAAAUGUUUUGCUCUACAGAGUCUACUUCUGCUAGCACACCUUGAAAACCCUAAGGAGAUCACACUCAAUGGGGCAUUAAUAAAAGCUAAGAAGAUUUUUAAAUCAUAAAAAAAAUAUUCCAGUAUGCACAAUACUUGUGACACUGAAAAUCCCAAGCUUCCUUUAAAGAUAACAGCCACUAGUGAAACCAUAUUGACAAAAGCAGUAUCAUAAAAUAUUUUUAAACAUUAAGAAGUGAACCCACUCUAAGUUUUGUCUGAAUCUGGCCUUGCAAAUUGAAGUCAGCGUAUAACAGGAAGCAGGGAGAUGCCAACUUGUACCCCAUCUUCACAGGAUACAAUGGUAUCACCUCCCAGUUUCCCCUAUCAAGCUAGAGUUAUUUGCUCUCAGGCCAAGUCUUCAGCCAAUUAACACUCUUGAGCACUCCCUUUCGAAGGCAAACAGAAAUGCUUUCAAAUGUAAAAUUGUCCACAAAGUGAUGUUGGGAGUCUCAUGUUGAUUUGAGAUGGUCCUUACCAGUCUCAGACACAUGGUUGUGGAAACUUCAAAUAUGAUUUCAGAUUGUAGCAGGCAAAGCUGUUUCAGAACAAGUAGAAAAGUAUUAAUUGCACUAAUAAGGAUGCAUCCAGAACAAGUGUACAUAGCUGCUGACUUACGAGCAGAUAAAGAUGAGCAAAUAAUUACUGGGAGAACAGAGAACUUACUUUGUGGACUAGAAGAGCCUUAAAAAAAAAAAAAAAAGAGAGAGAGAGAGAGAGAGAGAAGGGAGGUGAUUAGUGUAACUGUGACUAUCUCAGAAUAAACAUCCGAGAGAAAACAAGUGUCUUGAACCGAAGGACAUGCUCAGUACAAAAAUAAAUGGAGAUAAACAGCCUAUGGAUGAGUUUAGUCAAUAAGGUUGUUGGAAAGGUGCUUUCUUGCACUUGGAAAAUAGAAAUAGAGAAAACAAUAUAGCCAAUUUAAACAUAAAUCUUAAGUUAUUUAUGAAUGGUAAGCUACAAGAAAUUCAUCUGUCUAAGCAGGAAACAAAGUUAAAGGAUUAUGAAGACCUUCAGUUUUGCAACUUGCAUCUUCUUACUCUAGUGGAUAAGGACAGACUUUGAUGGCUAAAAUAGAUGAUCUUACUGGUCUUUCCAACUGUAAUGAUCGUAUGACUCAGCAACACAGAAGUCUAGGGAUUCCCUUGUGAAUAUGUUUGUGAAUUGUUUUGUUAGUUGUUUUUCUUGUUUAUUUGGUUGAUUGCUUUUUGCCACAUGUUUUAACCAUGGGUAGUACAUUCCCUUCUUUUUCUUUCUUUCUUUUUCUUUUUGUUGUUGUUGUUGUUGUUGCUGUUUUGUUUUAUUUUACCAUUCUAUUAAGAUGACCUUUGAAAAUUUCAUUAUUUUGUUUCUAGUGCAGAAUGCACAACAGAUUGACUAUUUCAGGUAAUUAAAAAUUGAAAAAUGUCAGCUAGGCAGGUGAUUAGGUAAAGUUUGCCCUGAAAUUGUAAUGGAGUCUUGUACAGUGAUUAUUCCCAUUUGAAUUCUUUUCCAUUAGAAAUAUGUGAUUUUUUUUUCUAAUUUAAAAAAUCACACAAAUGCCUUUUGACAUUCAACAAUCAAGGAAGUUAUAUUAUUCUUACUAAGCAGAACAGUCUCCAAGAGUUUCAAGCUGACUGUCAAGGACUUUGUGCCUGCAAAAUGAAGUGCAGCUUUUGAACAUGUGUUCUCGCAUUCAGUAAUACAAUACAAAAACAUACCCAGCUUUACAUCUCAUUGAUUUUAUGCUACUUAUGCCCUUGUGAAGGUUUUGUUUUGUUUUGUUUUUCACUUGCAUAAAGUGGUGAUGGAAUAAAAAAAAAUAAUUAUUACUUGCAAAGGACUCUUCAUUGCGAGUAUCUUUUUUUUUCCACCUUGAAGGAGAUAUCUGGUUCAAAGGUAUGUGCAAGGCAGAACCAAGGAAAUUUUUUCUGUAUUUCAGUUAUAACUACUAGAGUAUAGUCAUUAUUUCCAUUUAUAUUAAACCUUGUAAUUUUAAGCACUUUUUAAGAUCAAGCACUGAGCUCUCUAAAUUUCUGUAAUAAACAAAAUGAAUGAUUUCCACAGCUGAAUGCAGGGAAAUAAAUUUCUAAAGCAUAUGAAGGAAAUGAUAGCAAUAGUGGAACAGAAACAGACUUUAGCCUAUCUGUUUCUAUGUAAAGAGGUACCUAUUGAUUGUGUUUUCUAAUCAUUGAUUAUUUUGCUUAUAAUUAGUGUUACAGAAAUAAGAAGAUCAUAAUAGCUGUUAUUUUGCUGCAGUUUUCAGGAAUAAAAAAUAUUUUUUAUUGCUGUUUUCUAGAGUAAUGACCUUACAGUGAGUGAAAUAACACACAGUAAUUGGUUUCAAGGAUGAGUUUCCAAUCAUUACUACCUAUUGAUUUGGCAUUGCAGGCAGUUUAAGUAUACUGGACAUUAAAUAUUACCUACACUUAGAAUUUAUUUAGUUCAAAUGACUUCUGGAGAUGCUUGCUUAUUCAUUAUUUCUACUCACUUUGAUGUUCACUAUGCAGAGCUUUGUACACUUCAUUUUAAACGCAGUGGGGAAACACCUAAGACUCUUCUAGCACAAAAGAUAUCCGAUGUUUACAACUUCACUUGUGCAGGGGGAAGAUUGCAGUCUCUUUCUUUAAUCUCAUAAAACUAUCUAAACAAUGCUUCUAUCCUGUCUCAGCAUAUGUGUGGAUAUAUGCUUCUAAUUCAUCACAAAAAUACCUAGUGUUUGAAGAUAUUAGUUGAUGUCUAUCAUCAUUCAUAGAGGGAAAUCCAAAGCAAAAGCUGCCUCUUGCCACCACUAGAUAUCAGUGCAAACAUAAUUUCCAGUAGUUUCUAAAUGCAGAGAUGCAAGAUAUAAACCAAUCUGUAAGCUGAUGUGUAACAAGUUUAAUGCUUUUUAUCUGAUACUUGAAGAGGAAAAUGUAUUUUUUAUAGAAAAAGAAAAAAGUGACUUUCACCUUUCCAGAAACAAAGCAAUGAAGAAUAUCAUAGUAAGUAUAGCAGUCAACAGUUUAGUACAGUUUUGCUUCAGAACUAUAAAGAAAAAUAGUGAUGUUGGAGACUAAAGUGAAUGAUUUCAAGAUACCUAAAGCCAUCAAGUUUUAAUUUUAGCAUAAUCAUGAAAUCAGGCUGCAAAUUCAGUGAAAAAUUUUUGUUGUUACUCCUCAUAAAAUAGCUCAUACAGUUUAUCAAGAAACUUCAUUCUACAUUCACAAACAUAAGCACGAGGGAGUGGCUCAGUCUGUUAAGUGCCAUCGUUUCAACUUCUUCCAGCUGAUUACAGUGACUUCAACAACUCCUAGAGCAGAAGAGGAAACCAAAAUUCGUAAGGCAAGACAAGGCUAAAUAAUCUUCUUACUUUCUUAUCGCUUUCCCUUUCAAGAUUUCAAGAACUUAAAUUGCUCUUGAAAUUGUUCUUUCAGCAGCACCCUUUUAUUCUCAUGUUCUGCUUUAUAAAAAAACAAACAAACAAACAAAAAACAUUGGAAUGAAAAUGCAUUUAAUAAUCAUGUCAAAAAAUAUGACCUUCACUUCUUCAAUUUUGCAUGUCUUUUUCUAUCUGUAAAUCAUAUUUUUUGGCACUCCUACAUAAAUUAAUAGUUAUGAUUUUAUUUUUAUUAUUUUUUACUAUUCCUUCAUUGUAAGAAAACAAGCAAAAUUGCAUUAUAUAAAGAAUUUAAAUUAGACUUGUUCUUUUUGUACUAAUGCAAAGAUUGCUAUUCAGGACAGACAGUUUUUUAAAGUGUUUUUAAGCUACCCAGUUUAUAGAGGAAAUUUAUCAAGGAGAUAAAAAAGUGUUUCAGAACUCUAGAUUUCAGGUUCUAUCAAAAUGAUUAGGCAUCUGAAAAUUAACCUAUAUAUAAUUUAUAUAUAUUUAUAUAUAUAUAUAUCUAAUAUGCUAUUAUUGAGGUGAAGAAAACAAAGUUGUGGUAUUAAGAAUUUAAAAAGUAUGGAGAUAAAAAUGUAAACUGUAACAGAAACAGAAAAAGAGAAUCUCCUCACUUUUAUGUGUAGAUCUUUUUUCUGUUUCAGUCUGCGAUCCUUUUUGUGCCGUGACUGUAUGGAUUUGGAUCAAGUGCCCACCCACGCCUUCAUUAGUUGAUUAUCAGCUAUAGAAACUUUGGCAUGACUGGCCUUAUAGAGAAAAAGCUUGAUUAGCUCUUGGUUUUGGACAAUGCUGCUGAAUGUCUUUGUGCUUUGCUAUAAUGCAAAAUGUGUUAUAAAGUCUUGCUCUUACUGCAAGAGUUGUCUUCAGGAUUAAAUGCAUGGAAUGGUGAAUGACCACUCUUACUGUACAUUUUCCGACUAGACUAACAUUUGCAUGAAGCCCAGCUUUCUGUUUACAUUACAUAUAUUCUCAGGGUUCCUUAGAGAGCAAUCCUAAUCUUCCUUAGCUUCUUCAACUCAGGUAAGAUAUAUUCCAAAUGUACCUACAUUGUUUUCUUACCACAUUCUAUAGCAUUUAGCCAUUUCUCUUCUCAGCCUUGAAUCCCUGAGUUUUUCCCACAUUGCAACAAUUCUAUCACCAGCGUACCAUGAAUUCUACAAGUUCUGUUUGUUUCAACAAAGCCUGCUACUGAUUUCUGAUCAUAAGCCACUUGACUUUCCCACUUUGUGUUCCAAGAGCAAUUUUAGUGACGACAAUCUAAAAAAUGAGAGAAGUGGAGUUUAAGUACCUUUAAAAGGUACUCAAUUAAAAAGGAAAAUUAAGAAAAAUAUACUGGAUUAAUACAAUUAAAGAGAGUAAAUAUAUUCCACAUACAACCCAGAGGUAGCAGAUUUUUCGUAUUGCCACAAUAAUACAAUUACUUUGCUAAUUAUUUUAAAUCUUUCUGUUGAGUACAGUAGAAUACAAUACAUUAGAACUAUGUGGAACAAAAAACAAAACAGAACAAAAAAAAACAAUUGGAGGAAAAGUAUUCUCCAGAAGCUAGGGAACAAUUGUUGAACAAUAUAUGCUUUAUCACAAGAAUCUACAAGGAUAUCAGACUGAUUUUUUUGUGCUAACUGUUUUAAGAUGUUUUCAGUUGAAAACAUUUUAUAUAAGAAGUAUUCAUUGAGGUCUCUAUGCCUGGACAUGCAGCUAAAUAUUAAGCUGUUCCAGUUGUCAGUCAUCUCUCUUGCAUCAGCAGUCUACUCAUUUUUUCAUCAAAGAUAGUAUCACAUCUCUUGAGCAUUCUUUUCUGUUUUCUAAAAGACUGGCCAUGUGCCUGAGAGGCUUUCUCUGGUUUAUAAAAUAAUGUAGAGAGCAAUGGGAAAGUGUCAGAACCAUCUGGAAGUUCUCACUCUUGGAAAGGGUGAGGAGUCAUUGAGGGGCAGAAGUAAGGCUAUCAGGAGUGAAACUGCUGCUAGGGGAGGAAACAACUGAAAGAAAGAGCUGACGAUGCUCAAGUACUAUCCAUAGUAAAAUUCUGUUCUCAUAUAAGCGAUGUUAUAGUGUGACAUUUUACUGCCUUCACUGUGCAGAUCUCUGAGUAGUUGAGGGAAUCAGAGAUACUGCAUUUUACAGUUUUUCUUUUCCCUUCAUACAAACAAUUGAACAAAGUCACUAGUAACCCAUAGUACUUAAGCAAUAGAAAGCUUAAACCCUUUAAAUCCACAAUCUUUAAAUCCACAAUAAAGAUGAUACAUGUUUACAUUUUUUAAAAGGUGUUACUGAUUCUGUAAGCACCGUCAAAAACUCUGCAUUGGUACUGCACAGUAAUGUGGUACUGCAAAAACUUUGCAUUUUGAGCAUGCUAAUAUGCCACUUUUACUAGGUACCUGUAAUGGAAAAUGCAUGGAUUUCUGAUGGUUACUGCUGUACCUAACUUCUACUCUGCCUCUUUCCAGAUCGCAGCAUACACAAAGGAACCUACUUAGAUUCAGUUCUACAGUAAGCUGAUUUAUUUUUUUUCUUUCAGAUCCAUUUAACCCAGAUUCUUAUGGAUCUUACUGCACUAGGAUAGUACCUAUCAUACUGGUAACCACUGGAAAGUUUGCAUGGUUGGUAUGUUAUCCUUGUUUCUUUCUCUUUGACCUGCAUGGCUAGAUUUCUCUGUAUGAUUUUCAAAAUUCAGUAGCUCUCAAUUUAUUUUCUUGAUUCACAUAAAGAAAGCAAGCUUUAUUAUUAUCUAUUCAUGAUGUUUCUAGCUGUAAUUCAUCCUAGCUUUGGAGUUCCCGUAUCCAUGUUAAUUUGCUAUGCUGGCAAGCAUAUAGCCCCCUUAAAUCCAGGUUUACAAACCAUUUAUUAGAAUAAUUCAUAAUUAAUUGAGUUUCUAAUGUGCCUUUUGGGCACAGCGCCCCCGGAUGCACAGCAUUAAACAUUCUAUUAAAGUGUGGCCUGAUCAACUGAUUAAUAGAUUUUUAUUUUUAUAGGAACCUUUUGCAUAUGUGAGUGUAAUUAUAUUCUGUCACUUUCAGGAAAAAAUGGAGUUAUUCAGGCAGAUGAAUGCCUUUGUCUUGUUAAUUAAUUAAUUUAAUGUUGUGUGAAAAGGCCAGAUUUACAGUUCUGCAGAAGCAAGUUCUCUUUAUUCACAGCAUUGAACUGACCCCUCCAGUUUCCCAUAACUCCCUUCUCCUUAUCAGAUUGCUCCAAUCUGAAGCAGAUUCAGUUUAGAGGUAUGAAUUUACUGUAGAAUGCUGAAUUGUCUUGAAUGUAACUGUUGAAAUUCACGUAACUAACAUUAUUAUUUUCAAGCUUUUUUCUUCAUUCCAAAAUCUUCUUAUUUUAUACAGUCUACAAACAAUAUGGAAUAUUUUCCAUAUCCCAAUAUGGACAUUCUGUUUAUACUUUUCAGUGCACAUAGGAUAUAAAAGAGUGUGUGAACUCUACCUGUCUUGUAGGGAAUGAGAUUGAACAAAUCUCUCCUAAUAUCUAUUUGCUGAAAAGGUGGGUUUAUUUUUACAAAAUCUCUGACGGUGUAUUUACUUGCAUUUCUAGGACAGAGCUCCCUGGAAUCUUCCAAUAUUUAUACGCUAGAUGUAGUAGGGACAAGUACAUCUGUCAAUAUUCCUAGAAUACCUUCUACCUUUAAAUAUGUUUCUAGUUGUAAAGCAUGAGUACCUAGAAGAAAAAGCACUUAAUACUUUAAAAGUGAAAAACAAAACAAAACAAAAAACAACACCUUUGAUACUUCUGAAAGUACUUAUUUUUAUAAGUAUUUAAUGCUUCCUGAAAUUUUCAUUACUACAUCUUGUGGCAUACCUUAGCUUUUUGUUGUAAUCAGCUCCUCUUCCAACAAUGGAUUUUGUUAUUGGCUUGAAACACUCCCUAAAUUCUAUUUCUGUAUGUUUGAGACUGAUUACUGAUGCUAUGUAGUUCUUCACCAACUUCUUUUCUCUUUCUAGGACUCUGUUGAAUAGGAAUGCAUAUGUGUAAAGCUGGUAUUGGUAUUUAGGUUUCACAGUUUCAGUCCUGCUGGAGAUCUAUAAGGAAUCCCAUCUCAGAAGCAGAACUCAUGCAGUUCAACCUUUCCUCAACUGAAGAUUUCAGUGACAGAGAAGAAAAUUGUCUUCAAACCUCAGAUAAUCCCCACUAUGAUUCUGGCUAUUAAGUUACAAGAAGAGAAAGGAAUUGUUUUAAUGACUCUGCCAGUUGGUAAUCCAUGGUCUUGGAAAGCAAACCAAAGUGCAUUGCUUUUCUGUGCACUAACUCAACAGUUCAGUCAGCUGGAACAGACAGAACGGAACACAGAGCCUAAUAACAUUUGCAUUGAUUGGAUGUGAAUUUCAGUUAUUAAAAUCUAGCUGUCCAGAA